GUGUACAUGAAGGUUAUCUGCACACGGAGCAAACGUGUACGUGUUUUUUUUUUUUUUUUUUAUAUAUAUCCCCGCCCGAUAAGCUUUCAGCUGGAUAUUCACCCACAUUAGUGAUAUGUAGGCAGUUUUUGACCACAAAAAACUCACUUUUAGCCCAACUGUUGAGGAAGCGGGUACAGAGGACCGAGCAUCGGGGGGUUUGUCGGAGGUGAAGCCGCGCUGAGACGCACUAAGGUCGAAUAGACUGGCUGACUGCGCCCGCUGAUUUCACACCUGUCCGCAUGAGCUCCACAAGGACACUGCUGCCCAGCCUGUUGGAUCCCAGAGAGCAUGAGUCGAGAUGAGCCAGAGAGACACACUGGUGCAUCUGUUUGCUGGAGGAUGUGGAGGAACAGUUGGUGCGAUCUUGACUUGUCCCUUAGAGGUGGUGAAGACGAGGCUUCAGUCUUCUUCAGUAUCGUUCUGCAUCUCUGAGGUGCAUCUGAGCACAGUGAAUGGAGCCAGUGUGGCACGCAUGGCAAUCCCGGGGCCCCUUGACUGCAUCAGGUUAAUUCUUGAGAAGGAAGGGCCCCGCUCUUUAUUCCGGGGCCUGGGGCCCAAUCUAAUCGGAGUGGCACCUUCACGGGCCAUCUACUUUGCUGCGUAUUCCACCUCAAAGGAAAGACUGAACUGUGUGUUUGAGCCAGACUCUACACAGGUGCACAUGACCUCUGCUGGGAUUGCAGGGUUCACAGCUAUCACAGCAACCAAUCCAAUUUGGUUGAUUAAGACACGCCUACAACUGGAUGCCAGGAACCGUGGAGAGCGUCGUAUGAAUGCAUUUGAGUGCGUACGGCGAGUGUAUCAGGCAGACGGUCUGCGCGGGUUUUACCGCGGCAUGUCUGCGUCCUACGCGGGAAUUUCAGAGACUGUGAUCCACUUUGUGAUCUAUGAAAGCAUCAAACGGCGCCUGAGGGAGGCCAAAGCAGCAACACACAUGGAUGAGGAGGAAGACGCAUCGAAGGAUGCCUCUGACUUUGUGGGCAUGAUGCUGGCAGCCGCCACCUCCAAGACCUGUGCCACCUCUAUAGCCUAUCCACACGAAGUAAUUCGCACUCGUCUGAGGGAAGAAGGUACCAAGUAUCGCUCGUUCUUCCAGAGCCUCAGCCUGGUGUUUAGAGAAGAAGGCUAUCAAGCGCUUUAUAGAGGACUCGCCACACACCUGGUCAGACAGAUACCCAAUACAGCCAUCAUGAUGUGCACCUACGAAUUAGUCGUCUACCUGCUUGAUGGAUGACCUUUGACCCCUCACCUAUGUCCUGGGAUGAAUCCGUGCUCAUGGACCAAAAAACUAACGACAGGAAUGUAGAGAUAUAUAUACAAAGAGAAGAUAUUUGAAAGAUAAAACAAAACAGUGGAGAAGGGUAAUGACAAAAUAAAGUGCUGUGAGGGUCUCUUGAGAAAACACUGGCGACUUAUUGAUAGUGACAGAAAGAAAGUUAAAAGCAGUCUCUUUUAUAUUUCAUGCUUUUCAGAUAUUUUCCCCUUAUUCUUGCUCUCUCUCUCUCUCUCUCUCUCUCUCUCUCUCUCUCUCUCUCUCUCU